AUGACGGUGUGGCUGCAUGGGGUGAUCAGCCGCACGGAGGCGCAGAAACGGCUCUCUUCCUCGGAGCACGUGGAUGACUCUGGUACCGUGCUUGACGGCACCUUUCUCGUGCGCAGGAAACCGCAAUCAGGGGGGUAUGUGGUGAGCGUGAUUUACAAAGGACAAGACACGCACCACCUUGUCCGACUGCAUGGCGCACGCUCCUUCAUCAUCAACAACAACCCAAAUUUAAUCGUGGAGGGGACGUCCAUCAAGGACGUCAUUGACUUCUUGUCCCAGCCAGACAGCUUGCAGGGCUGGCCAGUCCAACUCAAGUACCCAGUCCCCGCCCCAAAGCCGGAAGAUGCGUUUGAGAGGCACGUUGACAAGGUGAACCAGCCAGAGAUCAGCGAUCGCGUGGACAUCCCCAGGCAGCGUGUGAGCGGCCGCACCAGCGAUGGCAGCAACGACGCGCUUACAAAUCCUCGUCCUCAAUCGCCACAGCAGCAGUCGCAUACAGCGAGCACGCACGCCGACAGCAGUGAGCAAGCAGAUGCACCCGCGCAACAACCGGCGCCACCGCCACCACCUCCGCAAUUCCAACAACAAAGCGAACCACAGGCAAACAAGGAGGAGGAGGAACAAAACGACGACCGACAACAACAACAACAACAACAACAACAACAACAACAACAACAACAACAACAACAACAACAACAACAACAACAACAACAACAACAACAAGAGGGAGAUGAGGAGGAGGAUGUCUUCUUUCGAGAAGAGCCGGCGUCUCGCCGAAAGUAUCGAAAGCCACGACGUCGGCUGAGCGAGCUGGAGGCUGCCAUCAAGAUCCAGUCGAUGGUGCGCAUGCAUCAGACGCGGCGACGCGCGUCCGAGCACCGCGAGCUCACCAUCCACGCCGUUGUUGUCGUGCAGGCUGUCACGAAAGGGUUCCUCACGCGCCAGAAGAUCAAGACAGGCCGGAUUGACGUGCGCCGCCCGUGGCUCCACGGACACAUCUCCCGUGCCGAGGCCGAGAUGCGCAUGGCUGACAGCCCUGGUGGCGCCACGGAGGGCAAGUAUCUGGUCCGCCCGCGCCCGAGGCGACCCGGCGAAUACGUCCUCCUCCUCGUCUGCAACGGCAAGUACACCCAUCACCUGAUCCAGCCAAGCCCAAACCAUGACAUCUUCUUCAUCAACAAGCACAACUUCGGGCCGUUCAGAACACUCGACGACGUCAUCUAUGCUUUGCGGGACAUGGAUGAAAUUGAAGGCUGGCCCGUGCCUCUCAAGGAAUACGUCAAGGUCCCACAAGAUGAAGUGCAGGACACAACACAUCUGGUCGCCGGCAGAGUCCUGCGCAACCACCGGCUGCUGCCAAUCAGCACCGAGCUCAACGGCACCCCGCAGGCUGAUGAUGAAGACAACAAUGACGAAGAAGGACAACAGCAGCACCGGCAGUCACCAGCAGAUGGUCAAUCUUCAGUUCCACAGCCCAUGAGCGCCGAGGUGUCCGUCAUUGCUGAUCGCUACAUGCAGCCACUUCAGCCUCGCACCAGGUGGAAAUGUGGCGCGUGCGGCAGCUACAACGCACUCGAUGACAACGAUGACUCAACGCAGCAGCGACAAUGCUCGGUGUGUCAUACCGUGAGAGCAAGUAAGCGACAAAACCCGCAAGCAGCAGCCUCGCAAUCGACGGAAGCAGCCAACACAACAACAACAACAACCAGCACAAAUAACAAUCAAGAGGAGCAGAAGCCCAUCGACCCAAUCAAGCAGCAGGCCCGGGAGGACCUGUCGGCGCUAUUGCGUCAGCUGCCGGCAGACUAUCGCGUCCAGAUUGCGCAAUCACUGCAGCUCUUCCUUGCAAGGGGCGCAGAUCUUGGCGUCACUGUCACGAACAUUUCGCUCGUCUUGCAGAAGAUUGACUCGGCCACACGCGCAGCCAUAGAGCGGAGCAUCGGCAUCCUGCUGCCUGAACAUGCGCGUGCUGAGUACGACGUUCUGCUGCGACGCGCACGGAAGGAGGAGCACCUUCAGAUGCUCAUCCGUCAGACCUCCGAUGAGGAAUACGAUGUUCUUCGUCGUCUCGUUGUGCACGGCAUUGCGAAAUGGCGCCAACACAAGCAGCACCAAGAGUCCGCCUUCGAACGCAUCGUGAACGACGCAAGUGUGCGGCGCGGGUGGGCGGCCAUUCGCUGGCAAGCAGACGACCCAAGCCUGACGUACUUUGACGUUGAGCUUGUGGCACGGGAGGUGCACGUCGGCUGGGCACGCGCCGUCCGAACGUUGUGGGAUCCUCAGCUGUACGGCGAGCCUGCACGCAAUCCUCUGCGCCUCACGCCACAGGGUUUGCUGGACAGUUCCAACUUUCAAAAGGCAAUGCUCUUCCGUGCAUACCAGGCAAGCAGUGUUGGGAGCAAGCGUGUCAACGUGAACCGGAUGGGGCUGGCUGCGCGCCCGUAUGUGGUGGACGAGUCUGUUGCGUCGCUGGAAAAAGGGUCCGCACCCCCGAUUGACGAGCGCAUGAAGUUUGGGUAUCGAGUGGCGGCGGAGAUUCUCAUCAACGCGUUUCGCUCCCGGUUUGAGGAAGCGUGCAGGGGCAUUGCCACCUUACGCGUAGACCACGACCGUUGGAAGGAGAUCCUGGACCGUGGAGUGAUCCGCCACCCGCGUCGUGAUGAGCUCUUGUCUCCGCCGCAAUCACGCGUGCAUGGACCGCGGACAUCGAGCCCACAACCAGGUCCUCCGUCGUACGAUGCUGAGAUGGGCCGCGACGGCAACGCAAACAACAUGUUCACACGACCAAAUCCGCCAGACUUUGGCUUCAUGCUGCAGCGAGCGCUGAAGCGGGAACAGUUGUUCAUUCGAGCAGAACGUGUCGCCAUCUCAGAGCUGGAAGAGGACCUCUCCGACCUGUGCGAGCGCAAUUUCCGCGAGUAUGUGGUGUAUGCCUCGGCCUGCCAGGCCGUUUCUGACCAUUUGGCGGGCUUCAGCCCCUUGGGUACCUGCUCCGCGUUUCUGCAACAGCGAUCCCACUUUCCCCGCCGCGUGCGCGAUGCUCGCAAGUGUUUCAAGUCCGAGGAGGCGUUUGCGGACUCGCAGUUUGUUCUCAAAUUCCUGUACAAGCGCCCACACAUGCUGGCCACCUGCUUUCUUGGAAACACGCGAGCAACACGACGGCUCUCUGUGCGCCGUGCGGAUUCCCUGCUGCGUAUUGUGAUGCACGGGCUGUACCCAGCAUCCACCCAUCAGGAGCACCGCACCGCAUUUCUCAGGCAGCUCACCACCCACCGCUUGGAGGUUGCGUUUGGAAAGCAGGACGCGCCCAGCAACCCGUUCCUUGACCAGUCCAUCCUGACACGUGCGCUGCAGCUGAUGGCCAGCGACCUCCUUGAUCCCCUCGGGCAAUAUCUCGCGCUCACCGCUCACCGCCUUCGGCGCAUCGUUCUCUUUGCUCCACACCUCGACCCAGCAUCCCUCGCCUCCCUUCCUCUCAGCGCCGCGCUGGAGCAGCCCAUGCGACAACUCCUCUCCAACGCCGUCCAAUGCAUUCUUGACACACGGGAUCAGGUUCCAUCCUCCCUCCGAGCGGUGUUUGACCAAACCAUCAAGGCCUUUGCUGUCCGCAGUGUUCCGCCGCGCCCAAAUCUCGCCAUGCUCUUCAUCGUGCGGCUGAUUGCUCCGGCCUGUCACUCGUUCAGUCCCGUGCGCGAGAAGACGCCUGCGCUUACACCUGUGCAGAGGCGAGCGCUUGUUGUGGCCACCGCAUGCAUUUCGUGCGUGUUUGGUUACAGCCCGCCUUGCUCCGCACACCUCCCAGCCACCGUCAUUUCAAGUGUUCGCGAAACGUUUGCGCAGGAGAUUGAUGCAUUCUUUGGUAUCCUACCACCACCAUCAUCGCCAUCGGUACCAAUGACGACGGCAGAGUCGCAAGCAUCAGAGCAGCCAUCACCUGAUCCCUCAGCUGAUCCAACACAGCACUCAUCACCAACGCCCUCAGCUGAUCCAACACAGCAUUCUGCGCCAGGCAAGGGCGAUGGCAAUGCUGCCAGCAGCAGCAGCGGAUACAGCCAUGUCCCCAGCAGUGAUGCUGCUGUUUCAACGCCGAUGCUGGACCGACCACACACUGUUCUCUUCUCCAACGCGUCCUUCAUCAACUUUCUCGCGUUUGUGCAGCACGGCCUGCCGACCAUCAUGGAGGCGCACAAAUCGAGCGCACAGCAGCUGGUGCGACCCGUCGACCGAUUGGAUGCGCACGCAGACGGCGUUCUCAUCUGGGCAGGAGCGGAUGCGGGCAGCGGCGGUGCGCAGCCGGGCUCAACAUCAAUGACCCCACCGUCAUCAUCCUCAUCGUCGUCCUCAUCGUCAACACACUUCGUUCUCCGCCUGGGAGAGGCGAGUUGGCCACCGCUCCUGUCGCCGGCGCGCGUCAAUGCAGUGAAACACACGCGCACGUGUGACGAUGCAGCUGUGUUACGAACAGCGCGCUCCCUCGCGUCGCUGCUGCCAAAGCUGCAGCCCCUUCAACGCACCGGCACCGCAGACCAACGCAAGGCCCUGGCAUCGGCCCUGGUGCGUGCGGGCGCUGCCAGCGACAUUGAGGACGAUGACGAUGUGCUGUUGCGGCAAGUGGCGGUGUGGAUUGAGCAGCUCUCCUGCGAGCAGUUGGAUCUUGUCUUUCGCUCCAUUUUCGACGACUACUCGGGCAGGAAGGCGUACAUUGUGCACGUGUGCGACACGAAGCAAGACAGGCUGCAGACAUUUGAGCGCUUGGUGGAGGAAAGCGAGCGCCUCUGUGGCGCACGCGCGAAAUACGAAAUGAUGUUGAUGGAUGCGCUGCUGCGCGAUUCCAUGACAUACGCGCACCGUCGCAUUCUCCCGGGCAGCGUCGCAAGUUUUCUUCACAGCGCAGAGGAGAACCGGUCCGCAAUUGCCAUUCAGUUCUACUCGCACGUAACCGACCACCUCAACAGCAAGGCGUGCGCGUGGGGGAAGCACUUGAACGAGACCCGAACAGAGCACGUUGCGUGCCACUGCGAGCGCUACCUGUACAGCCUCAUCUUCCCACACGUUGUCGCCCAGCUCACCAGCAACGCCCGCAUCACGAAGUACCAGCGCCUCUUGGAGUCGAGCCGCGAGUCAAUUGACGCGUCGCAUCCGCUCCUGCAGAUACCGGCAGCUGCGCAGGCGUGUGCCCCCUGGACCGCGGCACAGGAACACCUGGUUGCCAUUGAAACGGCCAUCACGCCAAACGACAAACUUGAGGCAGUGUGCAAGGCCGGACAGGCAGUGCAGGUGCUGGCGAGCGCCGCUGUUGGCGGCUCUGCGGCCGCUGAUGACGUGCUGCCCAUCUUCGCAUUCAUCGUCACCAGGGCAACCCCACUCCGCGUCUGGCUCAACGCAGAGUUUAUUGCUCAAUAUGGAGGCUCGCUCCUGGAGUCAGGCGAGAUGGCGUAUUGGUGGGUGCAGUUCUGCUCAGCCGUGCACGUGGUCGAGCGUAUGCUUGACCAGCAGCAAGGACAUGAGGAUGGUGAUGAUGGUGUUGGUGGCAAGGAAGGGCAAGAGGGAAGGCUAGAAACAGGUGAUGGUGGUGACGAAGAUGAAGGGGAGGUUGAUGGUGUUGGUGAAGACGGGAAAAUCGAUGAGGUGAACAUGAAGGCUGCGCAUCAGCUUGAGGCGAGCAAAUAA